AUGGCGCUUCUUUCCCCGGACUUUGUUCUCCCAGAGGUCACGGAGGCUGACAUGGCAGUUGCUUCAAUUGCAUGGGGGUUCACCAUUGGCUUUGGGUGGCUAACUAGCUGGACAGCGGUGAAGCAGACGGUGAACAUCUACAAGAGGAACGGCCGCCGCGCUUUCCGAAAUGCCUAUGUAUGGAUGAUAUGGCUGGAGAUUAUAGUUUGCUUGAUAUUUAGCAUAAUCUGCUGGCUAUAUGUGAGGGGUGUGAUUCCACCAAGCUUUGCUUUCUAUUUCGGCAUUGUUACACUAUGGGCCCUGCAGGUCCAAUUCCUCCUGCAGAUCAUCAUUAAUCGGUGUGCAUUACUCCUUCUGGACCAAAAGAAGGCCACAUAUCUCAAGGCCGCCGUCGCCACCCUCAUCACCGCGGUCAACAUUUCGGUCUAUAUCAUCUGGGUUCCUGCUCGUCUGCAGAUCUCAGAGAACUAUAUCUGGAUCAACGAGCGCUGGGACCGUUGCGAGAAGGUGAUCUACCUCCUUGUCGACGGGGCGCUCAACUUCUAUUUCAUUCAUAUCGUUCGAUCGAACCUCGUAUCGGCCGGUCUGCUGAAGUACAAGACCCUGAUCUAUUUCAAUAUGAGUAUUAUCGGGAUAUCCCUCGGCAUGGACGUCCUCAUCAUAUCCAUGAUGAGUUUGCAAAAUACAUUCGUGUAUAUGCAAUUCCAUCCUCUGGCGUAUAUGGUCAAACUCAACAUCGAGCUAUCAAUGGCGGAUCUGAUUGGGAGGGUUGCUGGAGAUCGUUCCUGUGGCACCAUCUAUCAAGACGCACCGGACAGCCUGGAGCAGCCUGGGGUGGACAAUAUGCAAGUGGUUGAUUUAGGCUCCGUCUACAGGAGCACACCACUCAUUUAA